AUGGAACUUGACACAGGGUCUUCGGUUUCCCUAAUACCUGAAAAACUGUUUGAGAGCAAACUUAAAGAGUCCAUGCCAUUAAAGCGUUCUUCGGUGACCUUACGAACGUUUACUGGUGAGAGAGUUCCUGUCCUUGGGGAAGCGGAGGUGAAAACUCCAAGUUUGGAAGAGCUAUCGAAGUCUUACUCUGUGUUCAAUGGCAAGCUAGGGACGGUGAAAGGAAUCACAGCAUCGCUGAAAGUCAAGGACAAUUGCCAGCCUAAGUUUUUUAAGCUAAGACCCGUACCGUUCGCACUUAAGGACAAAAUUGCAGAUGAACUGUUUCGGUUAGAGAAAGAGAGAGUUUUGGAAAAGGUGGAUAGUUCAGAAUGGGCUACGCCAAUUGUACCCGUAUUAAAGCCUGAUAACACGGUGCGUAUCUGUGGUGAUUAUAAGGUCACAAUCAAUCCGAUACUUGACGUUCCAGAGUAUCCACUGCCCACAGCUGAAGAAAUUUUUAGUAAAUUGAAUGGUGGACAAAAGUUUUCAAAGCUGGAUCUAUCACAUGCCUAUCAACAGGUACUGCUUGAUGAAGAGUCAUGCAAGUUGCUUACCAUUAAUACGCACCUCGGGCUAUAA